CUCUAUACCGUACACGGGUCUGACAUUGCCAAAGUUGGGAUAUAGAAGUUCAACCACGCCUCUUUGGCUUUGGUUGCUCUAUUUGUACUUGAUUCAGGUUUCUCGCGUAAUUGGUAACAUUGUCCAAAGUGCUAGAUGCCACCUCUACUUGUACCAUGAGUGAAGAGUCUUGCAGCGAAGAGCCUCUAGAAACCGUUUCAGUGUCCGAUGAGUUUGACGAGUAUGAGAGAGUUUCUCAUCCUUCUACGGCUAUGAAAUCGUGGAAGUCGUUUUACGACAAUCAAGAAAUGGUUGAUGUCACUGUAGUUGUCGGCAGUAACAAGAUGGAAAUCAAAGCUCACAAGCUUGUGCUGUGCGCACACAGUGACGUCCUAAAGAAAAUGUUGACUAGUCCAAUGAAAGAAGCUCAAGAUAAUACAAUUGAGUUUCCUCAAGUCGACGAAACAGCAUUCAGAGCACUUCUUGAGUUUUUCUACACAGGAAACGUUCCAGUCAACAAAUCCUUUAUAUGUCAACUCAUAGAACUUUGUGAUUAUGUCCACGUUCCAAAUCUUAAAACACAUUGUUGCACAUGGUUGCAUGAAAAUCUGGUAGCUGAAGAUGCAUGUGAAUAUCUUAUGUUUUCAAAGAAGCCGUCAGCUGAUGAGCAGCUCUAUGAGAAUUGUUUCCAAUGGAUCGAAGAUCACGCCGCUGAAGUUCUCAAUACAGAUGGCUUUGAAAUGUACAUGACGGCAGAAGAUGUAAAAAGAUUAGCCGCUAGUGACGACCUGAAUCUCGAUGAAAUCCAGCUGUUUCAAGGAAUCGAGCAAUGGAUUGAGUAUGAUGAUUCAAGACAUGGAGACGGUACAGAGAUAGCAAAACUUCUGCGCUUACCAAUGAUGAACGUCAGCGACUUGCUGGGUUGUGUGAAGAGCAGCACGUUUGUCGAGUCUAAUGCUAUUCUUGAGGCUUUAAUGUUGUUGCAGCAACCCACGGUAUACAAUCCGCGUGAAAUCGUCUCAUCUAAUUUUAACGACUUGCGUCUGCCAUCUGAGCGUAUUUCAAGAUUCCGGUCUUCUUUCACGUGGAAAUUGCCCGGAUCAACAACAUCUGUUAGAGGCUUAGCAACAACAUCUUUUGAAGUUCUUGGAAGUUUGCCUACCAAUUCCAACCGUAUUGUUGUGAAAAGUUUGGACGUGUUGCAUACAGCAGCAGGACUGCCCAUUCCAAGUUGUGCACGAGUUCAGCUCACCACCAAAUCAACCGUCAAUCGUAAAGUUACAGUUGGACUUCUAAUUUUACCUUCUGAUCGAGAUUCAUUUCAAAGCGUGAGCUUACCAGGAUUCGCAUGCCAUGGCCGACUCGGCUCCACUCCUCCACAACGAUGUGGGGUGCAGAUAGAAAAUGCCACUCUUUAUACGUUUCCUUUGUUCAAAGCUGUGUCAAUUCCAGCUGGACGCAUUGUGGCAUUGAAGUUUCACGUCACAUUAAAGCAGGUGUGCAUACACCUAAAUGGCGCUGUAAUAGCACAAAUACCCUUGACCACAGAAUCAUGUUGCAAUUACUUGCCACAAUUCGGACAAUCUUGCAAGAUUGCGCAACAGUCGUCUUCUCAACAAGCGAUCCUAGAUAGAAAGAAUGACAAAAAAAACGUUUAUAUCGAGGUUGCAAUAGAAAAUAUUGAAAACACCGCAACUGUAUCAGUGAAAAGUGACACUGCUAGCUGCUGAAACAUGUAAUUAAUUAACUUCAAUUGUACACCCUAGCUGCCCCAACAAUACAUGUUAGCACGUACUUCUUGUAAUAGAGUAGUGAUGCAAGAAUCUUUAGACUUAUAUUGUACUGAUUCACAAUAUAAUACUCAA